AUGGACGCCGACGCAGCGCCCGCGGCGUCCUUCCCUCUCAGAUCGAAGAAGCGGCUGUCCCGCACGGGCGACGGCAACUCGAGCCCAAACCCUAGCCCCCGCUGUUCCCCCGCCCGCGGUAGCGAGCUUAAGCGCAGGCGCCGCACAUCUGCGGAGUCCGCCGCACUCGCGCUCGCCACGGCCGCCGCGCGCGCGUCCGCGACCGGCGUCCGCUCCGACGCGGGCGACGGCGCCGUCGAGAGGCGCAGACGCCCGCGCGCCCGCGCUGAAGGAGGCGACGGGGCCAUCCGGAUGCUCGGAGCCGCGGCCGCCCGCGUCGGUGGAGGCCGCGGCGCCGCCCAGAAACACUGGAGCGACGACGACGAGUUCACGCUCCUCACCGCAGCCGUUGCCUUCCGCGAGCGCAACGGCCGAGCCCCGCGCCUCCCGGACAUGGCCGAGCUGUUCGAGUCCAUUAGGGACUCCAUCUCCCCGCGCAUCGACCAGUUCAUGGUGUACUACAAGAUUAAGCGCCUGAAGAGCAAGUUCCACCACUCCGCCGGCCCGCGCGACCGUCGCCUGCGGGACCUGUGCUCCGUCCUAUGGGGUGUCGGCGUCGUGCCCUCUUCCGAGGACGACUCGGACGUCGGCGAGCGACGUGCUGUCCCGGAUGCAGCAGCCAUGAUGCCGGUGGUCACCGAGGUGCUCGGCGAGUACUGGAAAACGAAUGAGCGAGCCAUGGCAGGGGUGUCCCUUGAGAAGGGCCUGUCACUACUGGGCAAAAAAGAGGGCAGACUUAUUGAAACCAAAUGGAGGCAGCAGCUUGAUCAAGAGAUGCAAUCUCAGAUGCGGCGGCAUGAUCUGGCUAAGGAAGUCUGCGGCUUGCUCACUGAUGCCAUCAAAGGCCUCGGCCCUUAG